AUGGCCAAUCGACGCCAACCGGUGCCUCACAGAGCACAGCAACGGGUAUACAGACAAUCACAAAUACGAUAUGCUCCUGGGGCUGGAGGAGAAUCAGAAAUCAGUUGCUGUGUGAAAUACUCCGUUUUUAGUUUCAAUGUUAUUUUCUUCCUGCUGGGCUUCGGACUUCUUCUAUUUGGAGUAUGGGCUCAAAUCGAAAAAAACACAUUUGUGAAUAUGCUAAGCAAAGCAUCCAAGCUCUAUCUUGAUCCCACUUGGCCUCUUCUCAUUGUGGGAUUUCUUACCUUCAUCAUUGGAUUCAGUGGAUGUGUAGGAUCUCUUCGUGAGAACACUUCGUUUCUUACAUUCUAUUCAACGCUUCUCGGUCUUCUUCUUAUUGCUGAACUUUCUGCUGGAGUUUUCGCCUAUGCAUGCCGAGAUCAACUUGAUAACUACAUCCGAAACUUGCUCAAUGAUGUGGUCGUUGGAUAUCGAGAUGAUCCAGAUCUUCAAUUGUUGAUCGACUCUAUGCAAGAAACGUGGAUGUGUUGUGGAAUCAAUGGAGCUGACGAUUGGGAUCGUAACACUUAUUUUUCGAUUGAGGCUAGAGAAGUGGCUUCUCCAGAAGCCGGUGGAGUUCCGUUCUCAUGCUGUGUUAACAGCAGCAAACUUGAAUUCAAAAACUAUUUCUGUGGACAUGGAGUUCGAAUAAAGCCUGAAAGCCAUAUGACAGCACAUCUUGCGGCACAAAGAGUAAUGGCACAUACUGCAUCAAUUUAUACAGAAGGAUGCUUACCGAAACUUCAACUUUGGCUUAAUAAUAACAUGCUAUUGGUUGCUGUUUCGAUGGUUAUAAUUGCUAUAAUACAGGUUCUUGGCAUUUGUUUCGCUCAAAAUCUCAAAUCGGAUAUUCUCGCUCAACGGGCAAAGUGGUAUUAUACCCAUUAA